AUCUCUGUUGAUUAAAUGGCUGUCAAUUACUGCUGUCAGUACUGUCAUUCACCUGUCACUAUACUGUCAGUUUGAUGACUGUUGGUGGUUGCUGGUGACUGACAGUUAUCAUGUUAAAAACUUUUAUAUGAAUUUAAUUUGCACAAGUUAGAAAAUGUCUUAUAUCACCGGCCCAGAAGUUGUAAAAUACGCGUGCACUUGCGGAUUAUUAAAGCCUAUAUCUCACUUAUAUUUUUGCCGGUACUGUUCACAGCUCCGUUGCAGUUUCUGUGUGUGUCAUGAGGUCGACUCGAAUUUUUGUGGGAAAUGUUCUGAAAACAUCCCAUCCUCUGAAGCCAGAGUGAAGAAAAAUAGGUGUGGCAACUGUUACAUUUGCCCUAGUUGUCAGCAGGAAUUGUCAACCAGAAUUGCCUCGAAGGGACCAGUUAAUCCAGAAGAUACUAAGUCUACACCUAAGAAAAUGUAUUACUUGUCGUGUCAAUUCUGUCGAUGGAGCUCGAGAGAUGUUGGAAUCCCUGAUCAGACAACUGUUACGGGUGGUUGGCCUGAAAGGGAGAAUGUCCAUGUAAAUCGAUUACAAGAACUGUUAGAUAUGUAUAAAGCCAUUGUAUUGGCUCAGAAGCAGCAGAAAGACAAAGACAAGAAGAAACAAAGAGGAAAGUUUCUAAGCUAUACGGAUAGAACAGGUGUUACUGCGGCAGCUUUACGAAAACGUAUAGGACUUCCAGCUGACCUUACUCAUUCGAUGUUGAAGAAUAAACCGAAGGAACCAGAACCAGCCACUGCAAAGAGCGAAGUGGAAGAACUGCCAGAGGAGUUGUUUACAGAACCAAUAAAUUUAAUGGAAGUAACUACUAUACAGCAGAGGCUGCUGCAGCCCGAAGCACAACCCACCACAGUCGACAAGCUCUUCCCGGUUCACAAGCAGCUCUCUAUCAAGAGGUCUCUGAGAUGUAGGGCUUGCGAGCACAACGUUAGCAAGCCUGAAUACAACCCUAGCUCCGUGAAGUUCAAGAUACAACUGUUUGCGUAUUACCAUAUCCCGGAAAUACGCAUCGUAACGGUCGAACCCCUAAGGGCGGGUAGGCAAUGCGAAUUGAUAGUCAAAUUUACGAACCCCACGCAACACCAGACGUCAAUAACUUUCCUUAAGUUGGACAUGCAGGAAGAAGAGGCUUCUUUGGACUCGGACGUGGCCGAGGUCAUUCAAAAUCUGGAUCACACCUUGUCGCUUCAAGAGAGGCAGCCUAUGUCUCUGACCUCCCUGCCUUUGUCGACAAGCCAACCAAGCAGCCUUUUAAGCGUUUCAUCGCGUCAACCCUCACUAACCAUAAAGUCCAGAAUGAUCGAUCAGGAAGUAAACUGCGAUGUGGAAAUUCCCACGAGCAGUUUCAUUUUGCCCCCGAGAGACGACGCAGCUGAAUAUGAUGAUUCUGGAGACACGCACAACAUUCAAGAUGAUCCAAAAUUGGUAAAAUGGAGGAAAUCCAACAAGGCAUUUGUCAAGCUGAACGUAACUCCAAUAUCAGAUUUGUCGUUGAAUUCCGAGGUUGUCUGCGGAUUUAUCAUGCAGCACAUCUACACGAACACGAUCGCUUCGAAAGUGGAGAACAAAGAGCCGCAAAAAUACGAUCACAAGGUCAAAGUUUUCUUACACCUUGGGCAGCUAGUGGGAUCUGAAUAAUUUUGAAAUUAUACGAUUUAUUUAUGCUUUUUUCAUGUAUGGCUUUUUUAUUUAUAUUAGGAUAAUGCACAAUUUCAUAUUUUUUCUUACAGUAUUGGAACAGCUUUUAUAGAUGCUUAAAAAAUGUACUAAUAAAGUUUGGUGAAAUCAGGAGCAUGCUUGUUUUUGAAUCCUUUUUUACAUUUCAAAAUUUUUGAUAGUAAUGUAUUUUUCUUCGAACUCACUAUAAAAUGCAGUUUAACAAGCUUAUUUAGUUACUUUUUAGAUGUUAUUUUACGUCUACAAAUACUUUACGAACUCAAUUAGUUCACGUCCACUAUAACGCGAUGAAUUCAAUUUCAAUUGUAUAGUAGUUGAAUCUGGGAUGUGAAACGAUUUGUUUUCUUUAUAUAUAAUUUUUUUAUUUAGGAUAAUGCACAAUUUAAUAUAUUUUCUUCAAAUGUUGGAAUACCUUUUAUAGAUGCUUUAAAAACUAAUAAAGUUUAGUGAAAUGAGCAUGCUUGUUUUUAAAUCAUUUUUUACAUUUCAAAGUUUAUGAUAGUAAUGUAUUUUCCUUUAAACUCACUAUAAAAUGCAGUUUAACAAGCUUAUUUAGUCACUUUUUAGAUGUCAUAUUUUACGUCCACAAUACUUUACUUCACAGCCGCUAUAAUGUGAUGUGAAAUAAUUUAUUUUUUUGAUACCUCAUUUUUUUAUUUAUGAUACCUUUUAUAGAUGUUUUAAAAAUGUACUAAUAGUUUGAUGAAAUGAGUUUUUUUUCUUUCGAACCAUAAAAUACGAUUUAAUCGCAUUUUUGGAUGAAAAGUGUCACUUUUUGGAUGUCAUUAUUUUACGUCCACAAAUAUUUUACAACUCGGUUGCUUCACAUCUGCUAUUAUUGGGCAGAAUCAAACAGCAAUAAUUGUAAAGUAAUCAAGUUUGGGAUCUGAAUAAUUGUGAAAUAUGUUUUUUUUGUACUACUUUGUUUAUAAUAGGAUAAUACACAAAUAAAUGUUUUUUACAUUAUUGGAACAGUUUUAUAAAUGCUUUUAAAAUGUACUAAUUGCUGUUUUUUGUUUCAAAUGUGUCACUAUUUUACAUCCACAAAUACUUCACAAACUACUCAACUUAUUUCAUGUCUCUUGUAAUUGAGCAGAAAAAUUAACGAUAGUGAUGUAGUUGAGUUCGGAAUCCGAAUUGUUAUUUUUUUAUGUACCUUUAUUUAUUUUAAAAUAAUGCACAAUUUAACGUAUUUUCUUAAUGUAUUGGAAUACCUUUUAUAGGUGCUUUAAAAAUGUACUAAUAAAGUUUGGUGAACUGAGUUUUUUUUUUCUUUCAAACCAUAAAAUUUGAUUUAACCUCAUUUCUGGAUGAAGUGUCACUUUUCGGAGUCACAUUAUUAACGUCCACAAAUAUUUUACAAUCUAGUUGUUUCACAUCUGCUAUUAUUGGGUAGAAUUAAAUGGGAAUUGUGACGUUAUCAAGUUUGGGAUCUGAAUUGUGAAAUGUUUAUGUUUUUUUUUGUACUAUGUUUACUCUGAUAAUACACAAUUAAAUGUUUCUUACACUAUUGGAACAGCUUUUAUAAAUGCUUUUAAAAUACUACUAAUCGUUAUCUUUUGUUUCAAAUGUGUCACUAUUUUACAUCCACAAAUACUUCACAAACUACUCAACUUAUUUCACGUCUCUUGUAAUUGAGCAGAAAAAUUAACGAUAGUGAUGUAGUUGAGUUCGGGAUCUGAAUUGUUAUUUUUUUAUGUAUUUAUUUUAAAAUAAUGCACAAUUUAACGUAUUUUCUUAAAGUAUUGGAAUACCUUUUAUAGAUGCUUUAAAAUGUACUAAUAAAGUUUGGUGAAAUGA